AUGUAUAAGGCAACAGAAAGGUUACAGUUAAAAACUGUUGUAAACAAAUUAACAAAAAUCACGAAUUUGCAACAUAAGCUUCUGUUCGUCAUCCCCGAUCUCCAAAACUAUCCUUCAUCCUUCAUCGUCAUCCCCGAUCUCAGCUUUGCAAUUAGGUUUCUCUCUGCUUAUAUUGGAUUUAGGGUUUCUAGAAUUUGUUUUUUGCCGCUGUUACAGCGAUUGAGCUUCUCUUCCAUAGCCAUCGUCAUCUUCAUCGCCAUCACCAAAGGUUUACUGAUCUCUUCAAAUGUCUUCUUUAAGGGUUUAAUUAGGAGAUUUACUCAUUCUUAUUCAAAAUCUAGGACUUCAAAGGAAAAAAGAACUAAAGAAAAAAUCGGCGAAGUGAAAUCCACGGGAGCAGCUCAUGCAAUUGAAGAGGAUUUAGUCGAUGAUGCUAUUGUUAGCGAAAAACAAAGAGAACAAGAACAUCUCGAAAAGGAUACAGAGGAGCAAGAAGAAACCGAACAUCUUGAUGAGAAUAUUGAAGUACAACCGAAUGAAGAGACAAGUUCAGGAAAAGAGCCCAAAGAGAAAAGAACUAGAGGACCUACUACAUUGAGUAAGCGCAUUAGUGAGAUAAAUGUUGAAAAUCGGAACCAACAGAAGGAUAUGCAUACUGCAGGGCCAAAAAGUUUUGCUAGAAUAAGAAAAAAAUUGCAAGAUGAAAAGGAGGAUAAGGCUGAUCCGACUUUGGCGGAAAUGUUCAUUGCCACGCGCAAGAGAAAAGCGGGCCGUUCAUACAAGGAAUCAAGGGAAGAUACAACUAGCAAAAUUUCCAAAUUGCAGGAGCUCCUAAACAGUGAAAAUGAUUCUUUUUCCACUGUUAUAGGGAGAGGCCUCCCGGUCGUGCAUUUCUGUAUGGAAGAGGGGUUACAAGAACCAAUUUGAAGAACGGAGUAGGAUGCAGUUCUUCAAUAAUUAUACCCGAAGAGCUUGGGCAAUCUAUCACGGACAAGAUACGGAAAGAACUGAAAGAUCAAUUUGACAAGAAGAUGGCUGGGUAUAAGGCGUUAUUUGAAAGUGUUAUGUCUCAAGUGAAUCCUAUAGUAGUUGAACCAAGUGAAAAUUCGGAUUCUGAAAGCGCUCAAUUUUGAUUGAGAGCUCCUCUAGUUAAGUACUAGUUAUGUUUUGUAAUAUAAUCGUUAUGUUUGAUGAAUACAUUUUCUUUUUGUGAUGUAUUGGAUGGAAUAUUUUUAGACUUUGAAUUCUAUGAAUAUUUCUGUCUUCUAACUUUAGUAAA